AUGACCAGAGACUGCGGACAUAGUACAGGAGAUGACCAGAGACUGCGGACAUAGUACAGGAGAUGACCAGAGACUGCGGACACAGUACAGGAGAUGACCAGAGACUGCGGACAUAGUACAGGAGAUGACCAGAGACUGCGGACAUACUACAGGGGAGAUGACCAGAGACUGCGGACAUACUACAGGAGCGGACCAUUCACAAAGCACAGUGGGCACCCGGCUGUGAAGCCGCAAGCUGUCACAGCCGGGUGCCCACACUGAAGAUGCCGGUGUCGGGGAGAGAAGACGGUGAGGACACCGCUGGACCGAUGAAC